GCUACUGUAGUUUCUCUCGAAAGCAACCUAGCCGUAUAGGCUACAACGCAGAUCCGCUGUCCAGAAAGCAUUUCAUUCAUUUGAAGUGAUAAACGGCUGGGUCACGAAGGGCAGAACGAGUUCAUCCAAAUAAAAGGAAUACAGUUGCCAGUUACUUCACCCGCAGCGUGUCCCGUGCGUGACGUGUUUUUUCCUCAGUAUAAACGGAGGAAAACUGAGCGGGGCACACAAGGCAUCGGGACCGAGAAUGCGAGUACCCAAACUGGGCUUUGAAAGAAUGUGUUUGUCAGCCAAGACAAUCUUCUGACAGAAAGUGUGGGCUAUAAAAAUAUUUUUGGUUAAAAGAUCCAUCGAUGAUAUCUUCGAUAGCCGGGACAACCACUUUAUUUAUCCUGGGUUGGUAACCAAAGCAAGGCGUCAGGAAUGCCAGCUGUCCUCACCCUAGCUGGGCUGUUCCUGGUCGUAUCUGUCCCGAGUGCCCGGGGCGACGCCGAGCUGAGGUUCCUGGGAGAGACCCACUUCGUGGUGGACGAGAGCAGCCGCACGGUGGUCCGGCUGCUGGUGGAGAGGACGGGAGACCCGGUCAACGUGACCGCGCUGGUCCUGCUGGAGGGGGAAGACACGGGGGACUUUGAGGCCACGACGGCAGCCGCCUUCCUCCUGUCCUCGGAGACCACGAAGACCAUCUUCAUCGCCGUGCGUGAUGAUGACGUGCCUGAGGCGGACGAGACCUUCCUGUUUACGCUCAGACUGCAGAGCUCCUCCAAUGGGGUGACCGUGGGGACGCCCAACACUGCCACCAUCACCAUCCUGUCCAAUGACAAUGCCUUUGGAAUCAUUUCCUUCAACUCGACCUCCCUGAUCACUGUGAGUGAGCCCAGGGGGCGGAACCAGUAUGUGCCUCUCAGCUUGAUUCGAGAAAGGGGAACCUAUGGAACUGUGGCUGUAAACUUUGAGAUUGUGGAAGGGCCGAAUCCAGCCAUCGAGGACCUCAGCCCAGACAUGGGGAACAUCACCAUUCCGCCAGGUCGCUCUGUGGUGGUCUUCAGCAUUCUGAUACAGGACGACCAGUUGCCGGAGGACGACGAGUAUUUCACCGUCCGGCUGUCGGGCGUGGCAGGCGGCGCCCUGAUCAACCCCAAUCGCAGCAGCGUCCAGAUCAAGAUCAACCGCAACGACAGCCCCCUGCGCUUCGCUCAGACCGUCCUGGCGGUCUCCGAGGAGACGGGCGUGGUCAACAUCACCGUGACCCGCGGGCGCACCAGCGAGGGCCAGCUGAUCGGGUCGGACGACUCCGAGGUGUCCAUCGACUACGCGGUCGUCAGCGGCAACAGCUCGGCCAGCGCCACGCCCGGCUCGGACUUCCGCGACCUGCAGGCCGGCCGCACGCUGGUGUUCCCGCCGCGCGUCUACGAGGCGCAGCUGAGGUUCGAGGUCGUGGACGACGCGGUGCCCGAGAUCGCGGAGUCCUUCCAGGUGGUGCUCCUGGAGGACUCGCUGAAGGGGGACGUGGUGCUGCUGGCUCCCGCCGUUGCCCAGGUCACCAUCGAGCCCAACGACAAGCCUUAUGGGGUCCUGUCAAUCAGCAGCGGCCUGCUCACCCAGACUGUCAUUGUCAACGAAGACUCCACCCCCAGGUUCGACGGCAUCACCGUCGUGAGGAAUGGCGGCACCCACGGCAACGUGUCGGUGGACUGGACGGUGACGCGGAACAGCAGCGACCGCUCCCCCGUGUCCGACGACCUGACGCCGGCGUCCGGGACGCUGCGCUUCGCGGCCGGCCAGAUGGCCGCCGCCCUCCCCCUGGCCAUCGUGGACGACGCCGCGCCGGAGGAGGCGGAGGCCUUCACCUUCAGGCUGCUGCCCCGGAGUGUGAGGGGCGGGGCCGAGGUGGACGGGCCAAUGGAGCUGGUGUUCUACAUCCAGGACAGCGACGACGUGUACGGGCUGUUCCAGUUCCACCCGGCCGAGGCACAGCGGAUCCAGAGCGAGCCGUCCGGCCGCUUCCUGUCUCUCAGCUUCCUGCGGACGGGGGGCACCCUGGGGGCCGUCUUGCUGGGCUUCACCGUCCUCUACGUCCCCGCCGGGCCCGUGGACCCCGCCCGCGCCCGGGACGGGGUCCUGAACGGCACCCGCGCCAACAGCGCCCUCUUCUCCGACGGCCAGUCCCUGGCCCGGCUCGCUCUGCCCAUCAGGAACGACGCCUUCCUCCAAAACGGGGCGCAUUUCCUCGUCCAGUUGGACAGCGUCGAACUGGUGAACAUCCGCACCCCCAUUCCCCCAGUCAGCCCCAGGUUCGGGGGGGCCCUCAACAUCUCCCUCAGGGUCACUCCAGACAUUGCCAACGGGGAAAUAGGCUUCACGAACAACCAGACGGUGGUGGUGCAUGAGCCAGAUGACAACCGAACCAACCUGAUUUCUCUUUCGCUUCGACGGGACGGGACAGACGGACAGGCAGUAGUGUUCUGGAGCCUGCGACCCGUCGGCUUCAACCGGGAUGACGUUACCCCCGGCGACCUGGGGCCCUUCAGCGGGUCUGUCACAUUCCUGUCCGGACAGAGCGACGCGUCCAUAAACAUCAGCGUGGAAGCAGACAUCAUCCCAGAGAUCAAUGAGACAGUCCUCAUAACUCUGGACAGGGUAGAGACGGAGCGGUUUGUAGUGUACUUUGGAACCAACACGGACAACCAGAUCCUGAAAGCUGGGUUCACCAGCCGGGAGAUUGUCAUUGUGGAGAAUGAUGACCCGGGAGGCGUUUUUGAAUUCUCUCCCCGCUCCAGAGGACCCUGGAUAAUCAACGAGGGCGAGACCGUGGAGCUGAGGGUGGUUCGGUCCCAGGGCCUGCUGCUCAGUCAGCUGGUCCGCUACACGGUCCUGCCGGCGGGCGACGUCGACUUCUACGGCGCCACGGGCGUGAUGGAGUUCUCGCCGGGCGACAGGGAGGUGCUGGUGGCGCUGGUGGCCAGACCCGACGGCGUUCCUGAGCUGGACAAGACGUUUUCGGUGGUCCUCAGCAGCUACAGCGCCCCUCCCAGCAGCCUGGGGGCGGCCAGGGAGGUCAACAUCACCGUGCUGAAAAACGACGACCCUUUCGGGGUCAUCGAGUUCAUCCGCCCCGGUCUGUCAGAGGCCAUUAACGAGAGCAAAGGGCUUCAAUCUCACUCAGCCUCCUUCCCCGUUGUGAGGAACAGGGGUGGGUUCGGGGAAGUAUCCGUUCUCUGGGUCCUGGAGCCCCGUUUUUCUGGAGACGUGUCCCCUGUGCAGGGCUACGUGGUCUUCAGAGAGGGGGAACAUGAGAAAAACCUCACUGUCUUCUCCGUCCCCGAUGAGAUACCAGAAGACGAAGAACAUUUCACAAUCACGCUUCUCAAUGCUACUGGGGGCGCAAGGCUUGGGAACAUGUUAAAUGCAAGCAUUCGGAUUAGGAAGAACGAUGACCCCAUUUCUUUUGGCGAGCCUGUGGUCGUCAGGGUGAUAGAGGGAGGCGUGGCCAACUUCACAGUUCUGAGAGCUGGGCCAGCUGACUUUGUUGCCACCGUGAUGUAUCAGAUCGCCAACGGUGACGCGUCACCCGGCGACAUCGUGCCACUGAGUAACGACACCACGCUGGUCUUCGGCAUCGGGGAAUGGAUGAAGAACAUCUCCGUGGCAACUGCGGAAGAUGACAUUCCUGAAACGGACGAACCAUUUUACAUCAUUCUGUAUAACGCCACAGGUGACGCGGUAGUGUACGGUGCAGACACUGCCACCGUGGUGAUCGAGGCCAACGACGACGCCAACGGGAUCUUCUCUCUCGAGCCAGUGGCCAGGGUGGUGGAGGAAGGGAAACCCACUAACUUCUAUGUGGUGAGAGACAGGGGGCCCUUUGGCGAAGUCACCAUUUACUGGCAGCUGUUUGUCAAUGACACGGCUCUGGAGCUGGGCCAGGAGUUCGUGAACACGACCGGUGCCAUCGUCUUCGCCGACAGGGAAGUGACCAAGCCCAUCGUCCUGGAGGCCAUCUCCGACAAAAUCCCAGAGUUCAAUGAAGUCUACACUCUCAUGCUGAUGAAUGUUUCAGGGGGAUACCCGGGGGAUGGUGGGCGUCUGGCCGAGACAAACCUCAGCGUGUCCGUCCUCGUCCCCUUCAACGACGACCCCUUCGGAGUGUUCGCCAUCGCCGCCGAGAGCCUGGACCGCGAGGUGGCGGAGGACGUCCUGUCCGAGGACGACAUGUCGGACGUGACCAGCUUCACCAUUCUGCGAGAGCAGGGCACCUUCGGGACGGUGCGCGUGGGCUGGGAGAUCCUGUCCGACGCCUUCCCCCUGGGCCUGCCCCCCAUGGAUGACCUCAUUCUCAUGGCCUCCUUCCCCGUCGCGGUUGACCUCCAACCCCACAUGAGGAGGCACCACUCGGGCACCGACGCCCUCUUUUUCUCCGGCUUCCCCGGGGCCUUCGGUACCAUUGUCCCCGAAUCCCUCCCCGUGGAUCCCCAGGGUCUGGCCAACUUCACCUUCUCAGCUUGGCUCAUGCCCCGCCCCAACACGAACGGUUUCAUCGUCUCCAAGGGCAACGAAAACGGGACCCUUUAUUACGGCUUUAAAGUCCAGACGAACGAGUCUCACGUGACUGUGAUUCUCCAGUACAGCACUCCGGGCUCAAACAGCACGCAGGUGGCUUUGUCUACGGCCUCCAAGUUUGUGGAGGACAACGUGUGGGUGCACGUGCUGGUUACCCUCGAUGACGGGAUUAUCGAGUUUUUCCUGGAUGGGAACCUAAUGCCGGGUGGAAUGAAGAGUCUGAAAGGGGAAGCCAUUACUGAUGGCCCGGCGCCGGUGCGGAUCGGGUCGGACCCGGUGGGCGAGGAGCGGUACACGGGCCUGCUGCAGGACGUGCGCCUGUACUCCGGCAGGCUGAGCCGGGCCCAGAUCCGGGAGCUCCACGGCCAGCCGGCCAAAACGGACCUGCGCAACGUGUCGGGCUACCUGGAGUACCGCCAGGGGGAGCAGAGGAAGUCGUUCGUGGUGGAGGCGCGCGACGACCAGGAGGAGGAGGGCGAGGAGGUCUUCUACCUUCAGCUGGUUUCAGCUCGCGGCGGGGCCCGGCUGCCUGACCCCCGCCCCACCGCCAAGCUGCGGGUCCUGAAGAGCGACAACGCCAACGGGCUGUUCGGCUUCACCGGGGCCUGCAUCCCAGACACAUCUGAGGAGGGCUCCCAGAUCUCCUGCGUCCUGGAGCGUACUCGUGGGGCCCUGGACUACGUGUAUGUAAACUACACCGUCACUCAGAUCGAUUCCUCCGGCUCCGCCCCUCCCUCUCCCGCCGCGCCCCUGGACUUUGUCAACGCCACCGGUGUCGUGGUCUUCCAGCCCGGCCAGCGCUCUGAGGUCUUGAACUUGCUGGCCCUGGACGAUGACCUCCCUGAGGUCGCAGAGACGUUCCGGAUCGCCCUGGUGUCGGCUGAGUCCGGCGAUGGGAAGCCAGGCUCCACCCCCACCAGUGGGGCCAGCAUUGACCCGGACAAUUCGGUCACCACCGUCACCAUCAAAGCCAGCGACCACCCAUAUGGUCUGUUGCAGUUUCUGGCCGCCCCCCUCCCAGAGGGCAUGAUUCGUCCUGCUGUGGAGGAGGCCCGCGUCACCGUGGGAGAAGGGGACGGGGAGAUCCGCCUGCUGGUGGCGCGAGCCCAAGGCCUCCUGGGAAGAGUCAUGGUGGGCUACAGGACAGUGCCCCUCACAGCCUUCAGCCCCCGGGACUACGAGGAAACAGAAGGGGUGCUGGACUUCCUGCCAGGAGAGCGACACAAGUACAUCAGUGUGAACAUCAUCAACAACGCCAUUCCUGAGCUGGACAAGGUGUUCAAGGUGGAGCUCUACAACCCUGAUGGAGGAGUCGAUCAGCUCAUUAGGACUGAUGGCAGUGGCAGUGGCGAGGGUGACGUCGACUUCUUCCUCCCGUCUUUUCACCAGCAUGCCAGCCUAGGGAUCGCCUCACUCAUCACUGUGACCAUCGCCGCGUCCGACGACGCCCACGGCGUCUUCGAGUUCAGCAGGGACUCUCUCAGUGUCGACGGGACAGAGCCAGAUGAAGGCCGCAGUUCCGUCAUCCUGCAGGUGGAGCGCCUUUUUGGGGCGUUGUCCAACGUGACAGUGUUUUGGGAGGUCAACCCAGGCUCCGAGGGGGACCUCGUCCAGCGGACGGGAAACGUGACGUUCGGUGUGGGACAGACCAAAGCAGACAUCGUCCUUCAGAUAGCAGAGGACGACAUCCCCGAACUGGACAAGAGCUUCACCGUAGUGCUGUCUCAUGUGUCUCACGGUCGCCUGGGCAACCAAACCAAUACCACACUGACCAUUCUGGCCACUGACGACCCGUACGGCCUUUUCCUGUUUUCGGAGAGAAGCCGCCCCAUUCGCGUACCGGAGGCUGACGCCGACGUCACCCUGACCAUCCAGAGGGAGAGGGGGCUGAUGGGAUUGGUGAGGGUAACCUACACGACCCUGGCGGACGGCGACGCCUCGCCGUUUGGCACCCCGGGUGUUGGCAGGGCGAGCGCGGGGAGUGACUUCAUCGCACUGAUGGGCUCUGUGACUUUCGCAGCCAAUCAGAGCGAAGCCAACAUAACUCUGAGGGUGCUAGAUGAUCAGGACCCAGAGAGAGCGGAGUCUAUCUUUGUAGAGCUCAUCAGUGUCCAGCUGGUCAAAGGAGUCCAGGACAGACCAAUCCCUCUCUCCCCCCGCCUUGGCUUUAGGAAUCUUGCCGUGGCGCAGGUCAUCGUGGAGGCCAGCGACGACGCUUUCGGGGUCCUGCAGCUCUCCGCCUCCGCCGUGAGCGUGGCCGAGAACUAUGUGGGUCCCAUCGUCAAUGUCACGCGCAUCGGGGGCAUUUUCGCCGAUGUUUCCGUCAAGUUCCGAGCUGUUCCCAUGACCGCGAGAGUCGGGGACGACUACAGUGUGGCUUCCUCAGACGUGGUCCUUCUGGAGGGCGAGAGCAGCAAACCAGUGCCCAUCUACGUCAUCAAUGACAUCAUCCCUGAGCUCGAAGAGACCUUCCGCAUUGAACUGCUCAACCAGACCACAGGGGGCGCUAUGCUGGGGACACCCACACAGACCAUCAUCACCAUCCUGCCCUCUGAUGACCCUUUUGGAGCUUUCGUUUUUCAGGUGGCUCCUGUCACUAUUGAGGAGCCAGGUGUAAACUCCAUUGAGGUCAGAUUGCCCAUAGUGCGGAAUGCUGGGACAUUGGGUCAGGUGUCCGUGAGGUGGCAGGCGACCGUUAAUGGGCAGCCAGCUGUGGAUGACCUUCGACCUGUGUCCGGGGAGGUCAGCUUUGCUCCCGGAGAAACAAUGAAAAUCCUGAGGGUGGAGGUCUUAGCAGAUGAUGUUCCUGAGAUCGAGGAGGUCAUCCGCGUGGAACUGACUAGCGCUUCAAACGGGGGGAACAUUGGAUUUGAACGCAGCGUGAACAUCAUCGUCCCUGCCAAUGACAACCCCUAUGGAACUGUGUACUUUGAACAGCCUGUUUACCGCGUUCAGGAACCUUUGGAGGGAGUUUACAUCGCCAACAUCACCAUCAGGAGAAGUGGAGGUCACUUUGGAAAUCUGGAGAUCCUGUACAGCACAUCAGAGAUCGAUGUUGUCAGCAAUGCUCUGAAGGUUGGCCAGGACCUUCUCCUAUACUUCGGACAGCCAGUAAUGGCGGUACCUUCUGGCGCCACCCGCAGGCAAGUGAACAUCACCUCCAGCAAGCAGCCCCUGGUGGCCUGUGCAGCGUUCUGCCUCCGUGAACGAGCCUGCCAGGCCUUCUCCUUCUCCAACGUCUCCAGCGUGGCCACCUGCGAUUGGGUGAACGAGGGAGCCAGCCAACUGGCCAACUCACCACAGUUUCUCACCUACAUCAAAAACUCAACGGCCACCUCCUCCCUGUUCAGCUCUCAGGCUAUCGCUGGAUCCGACUACCUGCUGGUAACCAGUCAGGUGGCCACCAUGUUCGACGGGGCGGGAAUAGCCAACCUCACCGUACCCAUCUUGACAGACACACUACCAGAGGUGGAUGAGAGCUUCAACGUCUAUAUUCUGAAGGUCAACUUGGUCAACAAGACCGUGCCCGCAAGGAACCAACCCAUGAUAGGUCAGCCGGAUUCAGCGGUCGUGACCAUCGGCAUGAAUGGGGACGCUUUCGGGGUCUUUUUGCUGUACUGCAUCAGCCCCAAUGCCUCAAAUAAUGGCCUCUACCUGGAGGUGAGGGAGGAGCCUCGCACUUCUGUCCUGCUGGUCGUAGAGAGGAGGGUGGGCAGCCUGGGUCAGGUGACCGUCGAGUGGAGGUUCGUUGGCGGCACCGCCACGCCCAACGUGGAUUUCAACGGGACGGGGGAAACCCUCACCUUCGUAGAGGGGGACCUGAGGAAGACCAUUGAGCUGUUCAUCGUGGACGACACAGAGCCGGAGGAUAACGAGACGCUCAUGAUCGGGCUGGUGAAGACUGAGGGGGGCAGCCGGAUCCUCCCCAGCUCCGACACGGUCACCGUGGUCAUCCUUGCCAACGAUCACGUGGCAGGCAUGGUGGGGUUCCACGCCGCCUCCCGUUCCGUCAUCGCUCGAGAAGGAGAGCUCCUGCAGCUGAUGGUGGUGAGGACGGCUCCGGGGCGAGGGAACGUCACCGUGGACUGGAGGAUCCAAGGCAACCGCGUGGCGCAGACGUUCGCGGAAACGUCCGGUGUGCUCUUCUUCACUCAGGGCAUGCUGAAUUACACCGUAGUCCUGCAGCUGCUGGAUGAUGGGACGCCAGAGGACAAAGAGGAGUACAGAGUUACUCUGUCAAAUAUCCGCACGCAAGGUGUGAUAGUGACAGGUAUGGCAGCGCUGGACAUCCAAGGGCGCGAGGCGGUGGUGACGGUCGAAGCCAGCGACGAGCCGUUCGGUCUGCUGAGCAUCCCGCCCUCCUCCCUCAGGGUGUUCACAGAGGAGCGCAACGUCACCCUCACCAUCUUUGUCAACCGCGAGUUCGGUGCCUCAGGGGUGGUCAACAUCAGCUACGAAACGGUGAGAGGGUCGCUACAGGACCUGACCCUGACGGAAGGGGCACUGGCCGACCCGGGCCUGGACUUUGUCCCUGUGUCGGGGUUCGUGCUGAUGCAGGAUGGACAGACCUCCGUGGCCAUCUCCAUCACCGUCCUAGACGACGACAUCCCUGAACUGCAGGAAUUCUUCCUGGUCAAUAUCACAUCUGCGGUUCUCGUCACAACCCUCAUGCCCCCUCCUAAAUUAGAUGUGGUUCUUUACACGCUCAAAGAUACGCAGGGCCUGGUGGCGGAGAUCAGCAUCGGCGCCAACGACGGAGUCAGAGGCGUCGUCGGGUGGCAGAACACGGAUUUUGAGGUCAACGAGACGGCGAGGUCGCUGACGCUGGUGGCGUACCGCAACAGGGGCUCGUACGGGAACGUCUCGCUCUUCUUUUACGCUCAGAACCUGGAGGCGCAGAUGGGACUGGAUUUUAACGCCACGUCGACGAUCCUGCACUUUGCUGACGGGGAGACGCACAAGUUCGUCGAAGUGCAGAUACUGGACGAUGACAUCCCCGAGGGAGACGAGAAAUUCCAGCUCAUUCUGGCCAAUCCUUCUGUUGGGCUGGAGCUGGGCCAGAACACUACAGCGACGGUGACGAUCCUGACCAGCGACGACGGUCGCGGGGUGAUCUCUUUCAACGGCACGGAGGACUUCCUGCUGCAGGAGCCCACCUUCCUGUCCGGCCUGUCGCGGAGUGUGGCCACCCUCUACGUGGUGCGCGACCCUCCCCAGGGCACCUUCGGCACCGUCAGCGUCCAGUUCCUCAUCACUGACGCCAACGGGUCCCUCUCCACAGGCGACCUGGUGCCCUCCCAGGGGUUUGUGGUCCUGGAGGAUGGAGUGAGGUUCAAGGCCCUGGAGAUCUGGGCGGUGCUGGACGAGGAGCCGGAGGUGAACGAGACCUUCACCGUGACCCUGUCCAACCCCACAGGAGGGGCGCGACUGGGCCAAAACCUGGAGACCAUCAUCACAGUCCUCCAGAACCAGGCCCCCCUCGGCCUCUUCCGAAUCUUCCCUUCUGAAAACAGAACGGACACGGUGACCGUGGAGGAAGGGAACAGGACCGUGUUUUUCACCGUUUCCCGCAGUAACGGCCUGGAGACGGCGGUCAGCGUGGAGUGGGAGACCCAGUCAGACACGGCCUUUGGCAUGAAGGGAGACGUCCCAGUCCUGGCUGUGUAUCAGCGCUUUCAGGAGAACCUCACGGCUGAUUGGUGCAACCUGGCCAAUAGCGACCCACCCCUCGCCAUGAGACUGGGGAGGAGCCUCUCUGGCGGCUCCGGCCCCACCCUUGCCACUCUCUACAGGUGGCAGGGGGUCUUUGUGCCACUGGAGUUUGUAAUGGUCCAGGACCCCAAGAAGUGCACAGGCUUCACUACGAACAGCUCCAUCCCCUACAUAGCAGUCUCUCAUGGGGGCCUUCCUGAGUCCAGCGCCACCAACAUCAGCUUGUUCCGCCUACAACCGGAUUUGAACCUCACACUGGAACAAAUGUUGAGCGUUGAAGCUCAUGACAUCAAAUACUUCUCAGUGGACAGUAAAGAUUAUUUGAUUGCAUCAAGUCAGGUCUUUGUCAGGACAGAGGGCGAGUUCACGCCCCACCAGAACCUGGGGCUCCAGGGGGUUCUGAGCACGUCUCUGUUCCUUCGAGGGCGUGUCCUGUACCUGGCCAUGGGUCUCAUGAGAACGACCGACGGCUGUCUGCUGUACCAGUGGACAGACGGACAGUUCCGGAAUCCACAGCCUCUCUCUGCCAACGGUCCGGUUAAACAAGUGGAGUCUUUCCCCAUGGAGGGCAGCCUGUACUUGCUGCUCGUCACUGAAGGACCCAAUUCCAGCUGUGAAGUGCUGGUGUGGGGGCCCCGGCAGUCUUCCUUUGAGCAUGCCCAGUCCAUCCCCCUCCCCGGCCUAGUGUCGGUCCACAGCUUCACCCCUCCCUCGGGGAUAACACACAUCUUGCUGGCUGGUGGCAACAGAUCGGCUCUGUAUUCCUGGAAGUCUGAGCUGAACCAGUUCUCCACGGUACUGGAGUCCCCUCCUGCCCGGCAGUUCCUGUCCCUCCCCGUCCCUGAUCUCAACACCACGAAAAGCCUCAUCGCUGCCACAGGGGACUCUGACUCCACCAUCUAUGAGCUGACAUCCAUCUCUAACCAGUCCGACUUCAUACCCAGUUCUGGUGAGCUGCAGUUUGAGAUGGGAGACGCCAAACUGGAGAUUGCGGUAACCGUCCUUGAUGACAAUGUCCCUGAGGAGGAGGAGUUCUUUCAGGUCAGCCUGAAGAACCCAAAAGGCGGGGCGGAGAUUGGCUUCAGUGGUCAUGUGACUGUGGUCAUCUCCCCCAACGACGACGCCUACGGAAUCAUAGGCUUUGCCCAGAACUCGUUGUCUAAGGAUGUUGAUGAGCUGGAAGAAGAAAACCUCAUUUCUCUGACCAUUGAGAGAAAGAGAGGCACUUUUGGGAGGCUUACAGUGCGCUGGGUUGCCAAUGGAAGUCUGAGCGAUAUCUUCCCCACAUCCGGAGUGGUGACCUUCUCAGCCAGCCAAGCACUGGCGGUUCUCUCUCUGACGGUGCUGGCAGACAACAUCCCAGAGCUGGCGGAGAGGGUCACCAUUACCCUCGCCGAUGUCUUCACCUUGGGGAUUGGGGAGGAGUGGAGGGGUGCCGUCAUAGACCCCCAGAGGGCCCACGCCAUGAUCACCAUCUUACCCAAUGGAUCCCCCUAUGGAGUGAUAGGGUGGCACCUGGACUCCCAGAUCAUCCUAACGCAAGAGCCUGAGAGAAGGCCCAGCAAUGUCACACUGACCAUCAUUAGGGAGCAAGGUUUUGUCGGGGAUGUGGCGGUCCGUUACGCGACUAGACUGGCCCUGUCCCGGCUCCCUGUCAACCAGGCCUCCGAGAACCAGGACUUUGUGCCAAAAGAGGAGAUGGUGGUGAUGAAGGAGGACGCCAGGACGGCCAUGGUCACCGUCACCCUCCUGCCCGAUGAUGUACCUGAGCUGGCGGAGAGCUUCUUGGUCAACAUCACCGGUGUGGAGCUGCUGGGCGGGGCAGUGGGGGCGGGGCAGCCUAGCAUGAGGAGGCCUGGCCUGGAGGUCGCUGAAGUCACCAUCCAGGAGAACGAUGAUCCCAGAGGGGUCCUCCAGUUCAACGUCUCUAAGGAGUCGUCUGGAGAGGUGUUGGCCUAUGAGGUGCUUCCUCCCGAUAACCUCCUCCGGUUACCCGUCGUUCGAUUAGCUGGCCGGAUCGGCACGGUGAUCGCCUUCUGGGAAGCGCUGCCAAUCCUUGCCGGUCUGCAGGACUUCACCCCAGCUUCGGGGAACGUCACGUUCCAAGAUGGGCAGGGCGUGGCCGUCAUCCAGAUCACCAUCACGGACGACGCUGAGGUGGAGCCCCUGGAGACGUUCAGCGUGGUCCUGAGUCGCGUGAUGGGCGGAGCCAGGUUAGGCAACGAGACCGAGGUGAUCGUCCACAUCCCGCCAAACGACUCACCGCUGGGCCUGUUUGGAUUUGAGGAGCCAUCGGUUACCAUCACCGAGCCGCAGUUCCCCGGUGACCCCGCCGCCAUGGCGACGCUGACAGUGGUUCGUAGCCCCGGAGGCAUCGGACCCGUGCACCUCACGUGGGUCCUGGAGGCCGCGGCCAGUGACGACCUGACCCCUCUGAAUGGCUCGCUGCUUUUUGGGGAGACAGAGUCCAGGAAGAGUCUGACGAUACGAGCCCUGGCGGACGCCGUCCUAGAGGGAGAUGAGCAAUUUGACGUCCAGCUGCUGUCCGUUAACGAGGCGGUCGUCGAUCCCAUCCACGACACGGCCUCCAUUGUGAUCCUGGGAGACCGCGGCGCCUUGGGAACGGUCGCCAUAGCGGAAUCGUCCUUGAACGUUCUGAUCGGAGAACCGCAGGGCAGUUACAAUGGGACAGCUCUGAUCAGCCUUGUACGAGGUCCCGGAAUCUUCGGUGAGAUCCUGGUGCACUGGAACAUCACUCCUGCUGUGGACUCAGAGUUUGAGGAGACGUCUGGGGUGGUGACCAUGCGGGACAUGCAGUCUGCUGCCACCAUCAGGCUAAAGGUGCCGGAUGACGACUUGCCAGAGGAACGGCGCGUUUACCAGCUGGUCCUGACCAACGUGAGCGCCGGGGCGGAGAUCAGCCCGUCCGGCCGCCAGGCAACGGUCACCAUGGCCGCCAGCGACUUCCCGUACGGCGUGUUCUCCUUCACUCAGGCCGUCCUGCACGUCUCAGAGGAGGGGAGGACGGUAAACGUGACCGUGCAGCGGUCCUCUGGAACCUUCGGCAGAGUGUGGCUGUACUACCGAACGGUCGGCAGCCUGGCGGUCGCCGACUCAGACUUCGCUCCCACGGUCGGCCGGCUGCUUUUCGAGCCGAGCGUGGCAGCCCGUGGGGUUUCCGUGGAGAUACUGGAUGACAGCGUCCCUGAGGGGCCAGAGGAGUUCUACCUCAACAUCACCCAGGUGGAGCUUCUGAAUGACAGUAACUGGGAUUUUGCGGUGAGGGAGCAGGGCUUGCAGCCCGAUCAGCCCCCCAAGGUCGGGAACAUCUCCUCCAUCGCCAUCGUCAUUCAGAAGAGCGACAACGCGGAGGGCGUCGUGGAAUUCCAUCCCGACUACGUGAACAUCACCGUGGAGGAGGAAAGGGGGAGCCUCUCCAUCCCUGUGCUGAGAAGAGGCGGGUCAUACGGACAGGUCACGGCCGAUUACAUCUCCCGCGGCCUGACUGCGCUGCCCAACAUCGACUACAUCCUUCCCAACGGCUCGGUCAUCUUCCAGCAGGGACAGAACGUCAGCUACAUCAACGUGACCAUUAUAGAUGACCUGGAAAGGGAGUACAGUGAGCUGUUUGAGAUCCAGCUCUCUGGAGCCACAGGAGGCGCAGUGCUUGGAGCUCACUUGGUCGCUCAGAUCACCAUCGCAAAGAGCGACUCCCCCAACGGCGUGAUCCGCUUCCUCAACCAGAGCCUGCUGAGAAUCGAGAACCCCAACAGCACCCAGACACUCGUGCUCGUGCUGGAGAGGACCGGGGGGCUGGUGGGAGCUGCCACAAUAAAAUGGAGCAUUCUAGGUCCCAAUUCAGAGGAGGGUUUGCCCUCAGUAAACACAGACAUUGGUGAACCUGUGAAUGGAUCGUUCCAUUUCAGAGAUGGGGAGGGGGGACAGCGUACCAUUGAGCUGAAGAUUUUGCCCCAUACAGAGGUGGAAGUUGAAGAGACUUUCGUUGUCAUGCUUGGCCUCCUUUCUGGAGAUGCAGACAUUGACCCCCGGGCUGACAGGGUUACAUUCACGAUUCAGAAGUUUGGGGACCCUAACGGGGUUGUGCAGUUCGUUGAGGGGGAUCUGAUAGAGCGGAUCUACUCUGAGCCCGGCGACAUGGACGGACCCCUCAACAUCUCGCUCCGACUCACCCGCAGAGAGGGCGUCACGGGCAACGUCACAGUCUUCUGGGAGAUCGUCAGCGACUCCGACACCGCGGGCGACUUCUCAGCCCUGCGCGGCACCGCGACCAUCCCGGCGGGUCAGCGCGACGCUGAGCUGCUGCUCCGCCUCCUGCCGGACGCCACGCCGGAGCUGGAGGAGGUCUACGCGGUCAGGCUCACGGCGGUGGCGGGCGGCGCGGAGCUGGACGCCGACCGGAGCAGCGCCCGGAUCCGGGUGCGAGCCAACGACGAGCCGCACGGCGUCUUCGCCCUCUACCGCCAGCUCCAGGCCGUGGCGGUCAGCGGGAGCGACCGGAGCCGCCACUUCGCCCUCAACGUGACGCGGCGCGCCGGCGCGUUCGGCAACGUCUCGGUGGAGUACAGGAUCGCGGCCGACGCGCCGGGCUCGGGCCUCAACCAGGACUUCAUGGUGGACGCGGUCCUCGGCAACCUCCUGGUGAAAGAUGGGCAGAGUUUUGCCAGCACCACAGUGCCAAUAAGCAGCCAGGUAUUUUUUGUCACUGGCUUUAAUUUCUCAAUUGAGCUUGUGGGCGUGACCCUUAUCGGUCCCCUGCUCAGUUCCCCUCCUCGAAUUCUACCGGAGUCCAAGGCGGUCUCUGUGACUGUCCCCGAAGAAGCUGCCAAUUCUGAGGUUGCCUUUGAGUCUCUGUCAUUGGAGAUCGCCGAUUUUGAGACUGGCCGCUGUGAGGCGCUGGUGUCCAGGAGAGGGCUAUAUGGAGACGUGACUGUGGACUGGAGGGCAGGGUACCCCCCUGCCCAGGCCCCAGUCGGGUUCCAACAGGGACUAAUCACACCCAGUUCUGGGACGGUCAGACUGGCUCACGGAGAGAGGAGCGCGAUGGUGGCUCUCACGGUCAUGUCAAACGCGACCAGCCCUGCGGCGUACGCCGUCCACCUGACCGCAGCCCGGUCUGAUGCCCCCGGGGGGGCUCGGCUCAGGUCUGGCUUCACGGUGGCGGAGGUGGAGCCCCUGGGCGUGUACCAGUUUUCCUCAGAAUCCCGCCAGCUGGUCAUCGAGGAGGACGUCCAGACCAUCACCCUCUACGUCCAGCGGCUGUUCGGUUUCCGCAGCAACCGCACCCGGCUGACCUACGGGACGUGGUCGGGCAGCGCCCGGGCUGGGGAGGACUACGUGGCGGUGCGGGACGGGGAGCUGCUGUUCGAGGCCCGCCAGACCUCCGCCCCCCUCCGCCUCUCCGUCCUGGACGACGACCUCCCCGAGCCGGACGAGAUCUUCUACGUCAACCUGACGGAGGCGCAGGUGCUGAGCGGCAGCCCGCCCUCCCCCGGGGCCCGCCCCCGCCUCGUCCCGGGCCUCAGCGCCGCCUCCGUCACCAUCCUGGCCAGCGACGUGACCGGCGGGCGGCUCAGCAUCGGCCCGGCGCUGGUCCGGGCGGCGGAGGACGGGCCGGACGGGGCCCAGCGCCGGACCGUGGUCCUGAGGGUGCGGAGGACCGCGGGGCUCGCCGGCGACGUGCGGGUCGGGGUGCGGGCCUACGGCGAGGGGAGCGCGGGCAGGCCCUUCGCCCCGGGCGCCAACGCCACCUGGGCGCAGGAGGGGCAGGACUUUCAGCUGGAGUCCGGCCUGGUGACCCUACGGGACGGCCAGGACGGCGCCGACGUCACCCUGUUCAUCCUGGACGACCCGGAGCCGGAGGGACAGGAGGUCUUUUUCGUCUUCCUCGCCGACCCCGAGGGAGGGGCGGAGCUCGUGGGGGCGCCCGACGCGCACGGCUUCACUUCCUUUGCCAAAAUUAUCAUACUGGGAAGUGACUUUCACAACGGCAUCGUGGGAUUCAGCCUGAGCUCGCAGAGCGGGCAGUUUCUCGACGAGGACUCGGAGAACAGAACUGCCCUCCUGGUCGUGCAGAGGCAGGAGAACAGGGCCUUCGAGGACGUGGACGUGUUCUGGCGCGCGACGUUCAGCAAGACCGGCCCGUCCCUGAGCGCCGGCGGCGUGGACCUGGCCAGGGAGCUGGUGGCGACCUCGGGGUCGGCUCUGUGCCGGAGGGGGCAGGUCCUGUGCGCCUUCGCCGUCGAGGUCCGGCCCGACCAGGAGCCGGAGUUCGAGUCCUGGUUCCUGGUGGAGAUUUACCAGGUGGGAGAGGGGGCGUCCAUCAACGACAGCGCCCGCUUCGCCAACGUGACGAUGCUGGAGAGCGAUGACCCGCGGGGCUUGGUGUUCUUCGCGGUGGGGUCCCGGUUGCCCGUGGCGACGCAGAAGCUCACGCGGAUCAGCCUGCAGGUGUACCGGGAGGCCAGCACCGGAUCCGCCAUUUCUGUCCGCUACCGCAUGCAGGAGCUCCCGAAGGCCGAGGCGCUGGGGCCCACUUUCAUCUGGCCGGCCGUGGCCGGGAGGGACUUCGUGAUGGCUGAGGGUCUGCUGACCUUUGACCUGGGGCAGCGGAGCACGGGCCUGGACGUCGUCCUGACGCCGGGCGCGGCCUCCUCCAACCCGCUGCCCAAGCGCUUCCAGGUGCUCCUGUCGGACGCCACCGGGGGCGCCAGGGUGCACCCCGUGUUCGGCGUGGCCAACGUGACCCUGGUGUCGGACGCCGAGACCCAGGCGGUGUGGGCGCUCCUGGACCAGCUCCACCAGCCGCUCGACCAGACCGUCAUUGACCGCGUCCUGCAGGGCCUGCUCAACAAGUUUGCGGUGGAGGUCACCCGCGAGCAGCUUACCGGGGUAUUGGAAGCACUGGGGAAGAUUCUGACUGAGGCAGAGGAUAUCCCCCUAGAGGACAGCUCCAGGGGCCUGACCUAUGACCUCCUGUGCGCCAUGGCCAAUCCCAGCCGCACAGACACCCGGGGCCUGAGCUCGCUGUCCCAGCUGGCCGAGCGCUUCGCCUUCGCCCUGGCCACUGGCACGGACUGCGGCACUCUUGGUCAGAGGGGCAGGACCAUCCUGGACAGCUGCCCGUACCUCAGCAUCGCGGCCCACCGCUGGUACCCCGCGCAGAUCAACGGCUACACCUACUCCGGGAAGAACUCGGACACCUUCAGCCUCCCGCCGGGCCUCCUGGAGGUGUCGACCCCGCCCCGCGCGCCCCCGGACGCCUGUCACGUGGUGCAGUUCACCGAGUACAGCGCCGAGCACUGGUUCCUGACCAACGCCAAGCCUGUCGCCCUUAACACCAAGAUAUUUUCAGUCAGCCUCAAGGGCCGCGGCUCCCGCCCGCUCCCGAACGACGCCGAGGUGGUCUACCGCAUCCACACCCCGGACCGCCGCGCCCGGCCGCGCCAGUCCCAGUGCCUCCUCUGGAACGAGGCCGCGGAAAGAUGGUUGUCGGAUGGCCAGUUCUGCCGGGUCGUGGAUGACACUGAGGCCUUUGUGGAGUGUGCCUGCUCCCACCUGUCCAUCUACACAGCCUUCGCCGAAACGGAUGCCCUCUUCUCCUACAACGAGGCCUUCUACGCCUCCAGCCUCAUCUGCAUCUUCGGGUUUGCCGCGGCCAUCCUGUCCCAUGUGCUGUGCUCCCGGUUCCCCAUGUUCGCUGCCAAACUCCUCGCUCACAUGAUGAUCGCCUGUCUGGGGACCCAGAUCUGCUUCCUGGUGUCAACGUUCCGCGGCCGGCUGCUUUCGGACGACAGCUGCGCCGCCCUGGGCCUCUUCUCCCACUACUUCCACCUCAGCCAGUUCACCUGGAUGCUCCUGCAGGCGGUUAACUUCUGGCAGGUGCUGGUGAUGAACGACGAGCACACGGAGAGGCGGUACCUGCUCUACUUCCUGCUGAGCUGGGGCCUGCCUGCCCUGGUCAUCAUCGUCCUGGUCAUCGUCCUGCUCGGGGGCUACGACUGGAAGAUCCACAGCGUCUACAACCUGGUGAACGGAGACGUGUGUUUCAUCCCAAACGUGUACGCUGCCCUCUGUACCGCUGCCCUGGUCCCCCUCAUCUGCCUGGUGGCAGUGUUCGUGAUCUUCAUCCACGCCUACCAGGUCACACAUCAGUGGAAGGCCUACGACGACGUCUUCAGGGGACGGACAAACAGCUCAGAAGUGCCGAUGGUGCUGGUUCUCUUCACCUUGGUGACCCUGGUCUGGCUAUGGGCGGGGCUCCACAUGGCCUACAGAUAUCUGUGGACGUUCAUUCUCUUAGUCAUCUUCAACUUCCUGCUGGGCCUGUACGUCCUGGUAGUGUACGUCAUCAUGCACAACCAGCUGUGCUGGCCAGUGAAGGCCAGCUACACCGUGGAAAUGAACGGCCACGGCACCCUAGAUUCCCCCUUCCAGGCCGGUGCCACGCCCUCUGUGGGCGGGGAGAUCAGCAAGUCCACCCAGAACCUUAUCAGCGCCAUGGAGGAGGUCUCUGCAGAUUGGGAGCGGGCGUCUCUGAGAGCUGGUAGCCAGCCCAGCAGUGUGUCUAAACAGGGGCCCCAAAAUGGCACUGCCUACACCACCCAAGGGGGCUUCAUCAACACCACAUUGGUGGCCGACGAAGAAUCCCAAGAGUUUGAUGACCUCAUAUUUGCCUUAAAAACUGGGUCCGGCCUUAACGUCAGCGACACGGAGUCGAUCCACGGUAGCCAGGACGGCGGCAGCGUGGCCAACUCCCAGAUCGUGGAGCUGCGAAGGAUCCCCAUCGCCGACACACACCUCUAACCUCCCCCGGUUUUAUACCCAAAAACAAAUCAGUAUUUUUCUACUUCUACUGUGUUUGCACUAAAAAUGUGUUAUUGAAUAGUAAACCUUUUCUUUUUUCAGCUAGUUCUUUGACACCACGAAACUUUUGUGGUGUUUGUAAGGUUAUUGUUUUUUUCUUUUGUUUUUUUUUUGUGUUUUUUUAAAUAUGUAUUAUAUAUAUAUAUAUUACUAAAUUAAUUUGAGACAGUCCUUGAGGGAGAUUUUUUUUAUUUUGUUUUUUGAAAAUGACUUAUCUUGACUGGAUGUAAAUAUUAUUAUGUAGAGUUUAUAGAAAACGGGCGAAAAUGCUACUGGUGUUGUGUAACAUUGUUAAUAAAUAAUUCAUAAACUCUUUUG